UCCGGAGUCACCGUUACUGACUGCCAGGAAGUUGGAGCUUUGACAGUUCAACUUAUGUUGGUGAAGAUGCAUCAUAUCAAGUACAAAGUGGUCGAAUCCGGGGUUUUGUUUAAGAAUAGAUGGUCGGUUAUCCUGAAAUCCCACAAGGGUUCAUAUUCUCCAGUGGAGUCUCUGCCGGAAAGGUUAUCUCCUGAUGUGGGCACAGCCGGCAUCUCAUCCGCAGCUACGGGAAGGAAAGAGUUCAACACCGGAAACGCUGAAACCUUGAAAAGGCUUAUAUUGGGGUCAGGUCAGGUGAAUAAAGCUACUGCUGAUACAUGCAUGAUGAAUAAGGAUACAGUGAGGGCAGGUGGAUCGCGAGUUUUAUUCGGUGGGUGGCAAACCAGAGAUCGUAUAAUAAAUUCAUUUACCCCAUAUCAACUUACCAAAUACUAUGGCAAGCUACAUGCACUUCCAUGCUAUGCUAGAUCUCUUGCAUCCAGUACAGAUUCACAGUCACCAGGACAAACUUCACAUGAGCAUACAAGAAAAGACAUAUCUACAGUUGAGGAUCCCUUUGACGCCCCCACAUACAACAUUCCAGAAAAGCCUGUGACUUUUGCAGAAGGAGCUUCAUACAGUGUUAUCAUACUUGCAGGCCUUGGUAUUGCAGCUCUUGCAGGAUAUGCAGUUUUUAAGGAGCUUAUUUUUGAGCCCAAAGAGUACAAGAUUUUUGGAAAGGCUCUGGAAAGGGUUCAGAAUGAUAGUCAGGUUAGAGUGAGGAUUGGAUCUCCGGUUACAGGUUAUGGUUCAGAAAGCAGAAACCGUGCUGCUCGCCAACGAAUUCCUAAUAGAAUAUGGACUGAUGAAGAUGGUGUAGAGCAUGUUGAGGUUAACUUCUAUAUUCGUGGACCCCAUGGAGCUGGAAAGGUUUACACUGAGAUGUUCAAAGACAAAGUCGAUAAGCAGUGGAAGUUCACAUACCUUAUUGUUGAGAUCAAAUCCCCUUCACCCGCACAGUUGAUGCUGGAAUCUUACGUCCCGGCUUGAGAUGUUGAGGGAAGAAUCUUUUACUUUGAUCAUGUGAGUUUUUGGUGCCCAAAACUUGCUAGUUUCGAGAGUUUUAUUGGUACUUAUACAGAGGAAGUAUGAUCUCAUUGAGGUUGCAGGCUUUAUCUUGCACCUCCUCAACUUGUUACAGGGCUAUUCUAAUUAUUAAUAAUAAUUAAAAUAACUUGUUACAGGGCAA